CGGGGAGGGGAGUCACCGCCCCUCCGGGCCGCACUCUUCCCUUCGGAUCCCUGUGUGAUGAUACUGUUUGCAGUGAUGCUCCCGGGGCAGGCACCUGCUGCUGUGUAAUGAUUCAGCCUCUUUCAGCCUUCGCGUUAACACAACAGGAUGCUGUUGCUACUCUCACUGCUGCCUCUCCUGCCGCCGCCGCUGCUGCCGCCUCCGCCGCCACCUCUGGUCCUGCUUUUGCUUUUACUUCUCCUGCAUGACAGUUGUUUUCUCCAUCUAAGCAGACACCAGCUUCAGAUGCUCGAGGUGAGAAACAUGCCUUUCAGUUUGGGCUACUGGUUUACUUAACUGACCAAGGAUCAGCUCGGUUUCUAUUUUGCCUCCCCCCCCACCUCCCGGCGCCCCCCCGACCCUCUUGACCAGCCGGGAUGGUUUGGAGAAGCAUUUGAAAGAACUGCAAAAGUAACCCGGAAAGAGCAGUAAAGAAUUACAGUAUACUUUCAUUUGGUAGUUGCUAGAGGCUUUUUUUUUCCUUCCUCCCUCCUGAACUCCUCUUGCUUUUGAUAAUGGCCUUGGACUUGGAAGACUUAUCGAUUUCCCCCUGUAAGAUGCUGUCUCAUUUGGUUGGGGGGAGCUCUGCAUGGUAAUGGACCGUGAGAGAGGCCAGGCCUUCUGGAGGUGAGCCGAUGGAGAUUUAUUCCCCAGACAUGUCCGAGGGAGCCGCCGAGAGGUCCUCCAGCCCCUCCACUCAGCUGAGUGCAGACCCAUCUCUCGACGGGCUUCCGGCAGCAGAAGACAUGCCAGAGACCCAGACUGAAGACGGGCGAACCUCCGGACUCAUGGGCCUGGCAGCUCCCUGCUGUGUCUGCCUGGAAGCUGAGCGCCUGAGAGGUUGCCUCAACUCGGAGAAAAUCUGCAUUGUCCCCAUUCUGGCUUGCCUAGUCAGCCUCUGCCUCUGCAUUGCUGGCCUCAAGUGGGUAUUUGUGGACAAGAUAUUUGAGUAUGACUCUCCUACUCACCUUGACCCUGGGGGGUUAGGCCAGGACCCUAUUAUUUCUCUGGAUCCAACCGCUGCCUCAGCUGUGUGGGUAGCAUCUGAGGCAUACACUUCACCUGUCUCUAGGGCUCAAUCUGAAACUGAGGUUCAAGUUACAGUGCAAGUUGACAAUGCCGUUGUGUCCUCUGAACCUUCAGCGGUCCCGACCCCGAAGAAUCGUAUUUUUGCUUUUUCUUUCCUGCCGUCCACUGCAGCAUCCUUCCCUUUCCCCACUCGGAACCCUGAGGUGAGAACACCCAAGUCAGCAACUCAGCCACAAACAACAGAAACUAAUCUCCAAACUGCUCCUAAACUUUCUACAUCUACGUCAACAACCGGAACAAGCCAUCUUGUAAAGUGUGCAGAGAAGGAGAAAACUUUCUGUGUGAAUGGAGGCGAGUGCUUCAUGGUGAAAGACCUUUCAAACCCCUCAAGAUACUUGUGCAAGUGCCCAAAUGAGUUUACUGGUGAUCGCUGCCAAAACUACGUAAUGGCCAGCUUCUACAAGCAUCUUGGGAUUGAAUUUAUGGAAGCGGAGGAGCUCUACCAGAAGAGAGUGCUGACCAUCACCGGCAUCUGCAUCGCCCUGCUUGUGGUCGGCAUCAUGUGUGUGGUGGCAUACUGCAAAACCAAGAAACAACGGAAAAAGCUUCAUGACCGGCUUCGGCAGAGUCUUCGGUCUGAGCGAAACAACAUGGUGAACAUAGCAAACGGGCCUCACCACCCCAACCCACCCCCCGAGAACGUCCAGCUGGUGAAUCAAUACGUCUCUAAAAACGUCAUCUCUAGUGAGCAUAUUGUCGAGAGAGAAGCGGAGACGUCUUUCUCGACCAGUCACUAUACCUCUACAGCUCACCACUCCACCACUGUCACUCAGACUCCUAGUCACAGCUGGAGUAAUGGGCACACUGAAAGCAUCAUUUCGGAAAGCCACUCUGUAAUCAUGAUGUCAUCGGUAGAGAACAGUAGGCACAGCAGCCCCUCUGGGGGCCCAAGAGGACGACUUAAUGGCGUGGGAGGCCCUCGCGAGUGUAACAGCUUCCUCAGGCAUGCCAGAGAAACCCCUGACUCCUACCGAGACUCUCCUCAUAGUGAAAGGUAUGUGUCAGCAAUGACCACCCCGGCUCGUAUGUCACCUGUAGAUUUCCACACGCCAAGCUCCCCCAAAUCGCCCCCUUCGGAAAUGUCUCCACCUGUGUCCGGCACGACGGUAUCCAUGCCCUCCAUGGCAGUCAGCCCCUUCGUGGAAGAAGAAAGACCUCUGCUUCUCGUGACACCACCGAGGCUGCGGGAGAAGUAUGACCGCCACCCCCCGCAGUUCACCUCCUACCACCAUAACCCCGCGCAUGAGAGCAACAGCCUGCCCCCUAGCCCCUUGAGGAUAGUGGAGGACGAGGAGUAUGAAACCACCCAGGAGUACGAGCCAGCUCAAGAGCCUGUUAAGAAACUCACCAGUAGCCGGCGGCCCAAAAGAACCAAGCCCAAUGGCCACAUUGCCAACAGGUUGGAAAUGGACAGCAACGCAAGUGCGGAAGGCACUCACUCAGAGAGUGAGACAGAAGAUGAGAGAGUAGGGGAAGAUACCCCCUUCCUGGGCAUUCAGAACCCCCUGGCCGCCAGUCUUGAGGCAGCACCUGCCUUCCGCCUGGCGGACAGCAGGACUAACCCAGCAGGCCGCUUCUCUCCGCAGGAAGAAUUGCAGGCCAGGCUGACGAGUGUAAUCGCUAACCAAGACCCUAUCGCUGUAUAAAACCUAAAUAAACACAUAGAUUCACCUGUAAAACUUUAUUUUAUAUAAUAAAGUAUU